UGUCACGGGGGGGUCCGCUCGAUAGCAAAGUGGCGUGCCGUGCGGGAAACGUCGGCCAGUGACGCACUCGCACCUGCGGGAGGCGACUAAAAGGUGCGCAGCCCUCAGGUGGAAUGUGGCUCCCGCGGCUCCAAUUCAGGUUUCUGCCGCACUGGGACAAAGUUUGGCCUCAGCCGUGCGCACGCACACACGAGGGAAAGCGUUUCCCAUCCGGAGCCAUCGAGGGAGGGGGGUUGGGCCGUCCCGUUCUGGUUUGGCGAGUUUUGUGAAGCUGCCAGUCGUGUGUACGCCGUACACAGGUGCAGAGAGCGAGCGAGCGAGCGAGCGAGAGGACGGGAAGAAGCCCAAAAAGGCCCAAAAAGGCCCAAAAGGCCAAACGCGACGGCCGCCGAAGACGCCUGAGCCGACGUCCACCCAGCGCGGCGCAGCGAUGGUGCGCCGGGAGGACGAUUUUGUGGCGUGACGACUAAAAAACAAAACCGGAUCUUUCUCUCCUCGUCUCCCGCUGUUGCGUCUACAAGAAGCGCCGUCGUGACUGGAGCAGAGGCCGGCGCAGGAUCUGAGUCAGAAUCCAAAAAAACCCCCACAAAAGAGGAACAGAAACUUUGGCUCGUCCUCGUCUGCCGCCGUUGCGUCCUUUGUACGUUAGUCUCGUCGGGGAAGCUGCCGGCGGCGGCGGCAGGAGGGGGCCGGGGACUGACGGGAUGAGAACCUGAGCCCGGCUGAAGAACAAGUCCAAAAGUAGGCCAAAGCGUCGUUUUCCGGAAGGACGUUUCUUCUGCGUCGGCGCCGACCGGGCCCGCGGCCCGAACCUUCACCGCAAGCAGAAAAGCCGAGCGCAUUUCCCAUCGGGCGUCUGUCGCUCUCUGGGGCGCGCACGUUAGCACCUGUCGAAGCUCCGCCCCCUCCAUCCCUCCGCCUGCCGGCGGCCGGCUCGUCCCGUCCCGUCCCGUCCCGUCCCGUCCCGUCCCGCCGCGCUCAGUGCCGCGCCGUACCUGCCUCUCUCGCCGGAGGCGGAGCGGCACUUCCCGGAGCAGACGGCGGCGGAGGCCGAGGAGCGCAGUCAAGCCACGUCGGCCACACCUCUCAUUGGCUGUUUUUGUCAGAAUGACAGCCGAAGAUUCAGCUUCCCCUUCAGCUAUGAGCACCAACACCGCCCCCUCCAAGCCCGGCAAACCCGGCGCCGCACCCCACCGCGCCGUCCUGGGACACAUCAGCAUUCCCGAGGGCGUCGCGGGCGCUCCCAACGAGGCGGCGCUGGUGGCCCUGAUGGAACGCAGCGGCUACGGGAUGGUCCAGGAAAACGGCCAACGCAAAUACGGGCCCCCUCCCGCUUGGAACGGCCCGUCUCCCCCGCGGGGAUGUGAGAUCUUCGUGGGCAAGAUCCCGAGAGACGUUUACGAGGACGAGCUGGUGCCCGUCUUCGAGUCCGUGGGACGCAUCUACGAGAUGCGCCUGAUGAUGGACUUUGACGGCAAGAACCGAGGCUACGCCUUCGUGAUGUACACCGAGAAGCACGAGGCCAAACGGGCCGUGCGGGAGCUCAACAACUACGAGGUGCGGCCCGGGCGACUCCUCGGGGUCUGCUCCUCUGUGGACAACUGCCGUCUUUUCAUCGGCGGCAUCCCCAAGACCAAAAAGCGCGAGGAGAUUCUGGAGGAGGUCUCCAAAGUGACGGAGGGCGUGUUGGACGUGAUCGUCUACGCCAGCGCCGCAGACAAGAUGAAGAACCGCGGCUUCGCCUUCGUGGAGUACGAGUCGCACCGCGCGGCCGCCAUGGCCCGCCGGAAACUGAUGCCCGGGCGCAUUCAGCUGUGGGGUCACCAGAUCGCGGUGGACUGGGCGGAGCCGGAAAUCGACGUCGAUGAAGAUGUCAUGGAGACGGUGAAAAUUCUCUACGUCAGGAAUCUCAUGAUGGAGACCAGCGAGGAAACCAUUAAGCAGGUGUUCAGUCAGUGGAACCCGGGCUGCGUGGAGCGAGUGAAGAAAAUCCGCGACUACGCCUUCGUUCACUUUGCGUCCCGCGACGACGCCGUGCUGGCCAUGGACCAACUGAACGGGACGGAGGUGGAGGGCUCCUGCGUCGAGGUCACGCUCGCCAAGCCGGUCGACAAAGAGCAGUACUCCCGCCAGAAGGCCUCCAAGGGGGUUUCCGCUGCUCCAGAAACUCCGCAGCAGAACUUUGUCUACCAGUGCGACCCUUACACUUUGGCCUACUACGGUUAUCCCUACAGCACACUCGUCGGACCCAACAGGGACUACUUUGUCAAAGGAGCCUCAUUGAUACAGCACAAUGCAGGUACCGUGCGAGGUCGUGGUCGCGCCGCCACAGGUAACCGGACCCCCGGUCCUCGGGGCUCGUACCUGGGGGGUUACUCUGCCGGUCGUGGCAUCUACAGCCGCUACCACGAGGGUAAGACCAAGCUGCCCGAAAAGUCCUAUGAACUGAUGCCCAGUCUGGAGCUCGCUGCCUCCGUCAACCCGGUUGCCAUCAAACCAGGCACAAUGGCCUUGCCGACCCUGGCCGGCCAGUACCCGGUGUUCGGCGCCGCCCCCGCUGCCAAGCUGAUGGAGGAGGGCAAGGUCCACGCGGUGGAGCAUCUUCUUAACCCCCUGGCCAUGCAACACCCCGAACACGCCGCGGCUCCCGCCGCCGCCGUCCUGCCGGUUUCCACUCCGCCGCCUUUUCAGGGUCGUCCGAUCACUCCCGUCUACGCCGUGGCGCACAACGUGCCGCGCAUCCAAGCGGCCGGCGGCCUGUACGGCGCGGGAUACGUCCCCGUGGCGAACUACGCGGCCAACACGGCCGCUCUGGCCGCGCUGCAGAAGAACGCGACCUACGGAGGCUACGCCGGCUACGCCGUGCCGCAGGCCUUCCCGGCCGCGGCCUUCCAGUUGCCCGUGCACGACGUCUACCAGUACUGAGCUCGUUCUUCCGCCUGCGACCGAUCCGCCGCCGGACGGCCUUCGGCCACCGCCACGAGCGCGUGGUGAAACGACGCCCCCGCCCCCCACCCGUUGUCCCGCGCCGAUCGGAAGAGGCGGAAGCGGGUACGGCCGACCGCGAGCAAAACGAGGCCCCCUUGGUCGGAAGCCCGAAGGUACAUUCAAGUAUUUAUGAAGAGAGGACAUCUGCUGUAUUUAAGGUUGUACUACUGUAGCUUUCGGGGUGAAAGUGAGAGAAGAAAAAGUUGCCAACUGCUGACACAAAAGGAUACCACUGAGGCCAAACGCUUUGCAUAUACUCAUCGAUGUUUUCGGGUUCUUGUUGUUGUUGUUUUCCUCCGUUUGUGUCUUUUAGUUGAUUUUAGUCGCUCGUACGGAGGUGAGGCGGCGCUGUCCGUCCAGGCCGCUUGAAUGUUUUUGCUUCAGACAGUUUUGGCCUGUUUGCUACUUAGCUGCUUUUUGUUCUUUUCCAAAUGAAGGUUUUCGAGCUUUGCUUUGUUUCAGCGCCGCCGCUUGAACUUUUUGAAGACGCUCGUCGGAUUAUUUGAAGAAACGUCCCCAGAACUUCCUCUGCUGUUGUCGUUGGGCCGACAAUAAGCAACGCUAACGUCUUUUCUGACGGUGACGUCGCCUACGUGGGGUCCCCCCCCACCGGGGACAGGACUGAACAUUUUUUCAUUCAUAUCGUGUGUUUUUAUCAUGAUUAUAUGACACGUGAAAGGUGAACAAAUAUUGGAAGCGUUUUCUGUUUGCUGAGUUGGCCGGGCAAGCUAGCAAGCUAGCAAGCGAGCCGGCCUCCAGGAUACUAAAACGCAGCGCCGGACAACAAACUUUUCCCGCUCCUUUUUUCUUCCUAACACUUAAAACUGUGCCUUUCCCGACAAAAGCGGAAAGAGCCUCGAACGGUUCUGGCUCCGGGACGACGACGGCGGAAGGAAACGUUCCGCCGCUCGGCCCCGCGAGAUCCGCUUAUCGACGUUUAAGAGGCACGUGCGAUCCAAAACGCCGUUUGCGUCGAGUCCGUGAUGAGGACGGUGAUUAUUCACAUGAAGUCAGCGGUUCCCACGGUUAGGAUUCUGCGUAACCGAACAGCCAAAAUUACGCAACACACACACACACGCACGUUAAGCAAUGAUAAAAACGUGACAAAAAGGAUUUUUUUAGUUUCGCCCAACUCCCCAUUUUUACUCCACACCUUUUUUUUCCUUGUGUGAUGGUGAAACAUCAGGAUGUAUUUAAUUAGUAAUAUAUGCAUUCCAUAUGCCGUGUAUGAAGUGAGAAGGAAAGGUCUAAUAUAUUCGAAAACUUUUCUUUAUUAACAUUUUUUUUAGGGAUUUUUAAAGUCUGAGUAACAAAAGUAGAUUUUUGUUGUUGUUGUUGUUGUUUCUUGCAAGCGUCGAGUAGUUGUGAGCAUUGAACUUAUUGUUUUGUUUUGUUUUUCUUUUCCAAUGUUGAAGUGGAUUUUGCGUUGCGAGCGGGUCUUUGAACUCCAUUUGAUCAGAACACCGCGGUGGCCUUUCGCAGCGCCGAAGUAACGCAGAGUUCGGGUUCGGGUUCGGGCCGGGCCAGCCGAUAACGACAGCUGCGAAAAGGCUUUUCGCUUUGGGUUUGACCAAAGUCACUUCCUGGUCGUGGCCGCCACGCUAACUCGCGCUAACGUGUGCCUUUAUUGCCAACGUUUGCUUUUACCUUUGUAGACCUACGAAGACUGACGUCUAUCUGAGGGGUUGUAUUCAAAAUACUUUUUUUUUUUUUUUUCCCCCUGCCUUGUUAUAUUUAUAGUAACAGAUAGAUAAAUAAAAGCAUUUUCAAAAGCAACA